GGUUCAGAACAAGAAUAGGAUAUUGGAAGUUCAAAACAUAGAUUUCUGCCACUGUGUCUACCUCUUUCUAAUAUCUUUACCUAUUUAAGCUUGUUUGAUUUCCUCUACAUAAUAUAAUCCCUUUCUUUCAGGUAUACGGCCUUUCUGUUCAAAAUAAACGACACAAUUUAUUGGUAAAGUCAUUCAGAAGAUCUCAAGCAAUAGUCAACACUGAACUCAUUUUCAAAACCUAGAACAAUGUUGAGAGCAACAAAAUUAAAUAGCAAUGGAGUUAUUCGUCUAAAUCUAUCUACGGCUAAUCAUUCGCAAUUUGUAAAAACUGCUAUUAUUAAGCGUUGUGAGAGUACAGCUGCUACACACGCCGAACAACAAGUAGAAAAAAGAAAAAUCUCACUUUUCAAACCUAUAAUAACACUGUCACUGGCUGCAGGUACAGUAUAUGGUGCUGCUGCUGUUUGUGCUUUGAAUAUACCUGAUUUCCGCCCCUUUUUCACAACACACGUUCCUGGCGGAGCACAGACAUUAGACUUUAUUGAAGGAAAUAUUCAACAAAAGAAGAAUACAGAUAAGACUUGGACGCAACAUGCUGAGGAUUACGCCGACGCAGCCAAAACGAAGAUUAAGGAUACAACUGAUGAUUGGGUACAGCAUGCUAAGGAUAUGUAUUCAAGUUUGACAAGUCAACAGCAACCAGCAGCAGUAGAUUCCAAUAGAAAGAAAUUAGCUAAUAACAAUAUAGUCGCUGCAAACCAAAUUGUGUUUGACGAAAAAGCACCUUCAUCUUCAUCUUCAACGAAAACUAUUUCUGUCCCGCCGUCACCCUCACCUUCUCCUCUUGGUGACACGACUACCAACGCCAGUAUCACUCCUACCAACACAGUUGCUAUGACAAAAGUUACUAGUGACAAGCCAAACCAACCAGCGCUUGUAAAUGUUUCUCUCGAAAAGCCAGAGCCCAUUAUUGUAAAAACUUUUCAAUCUGAUAGCACCGUUGUUCGUGAGUUGGCACAAAUUGUUACGGAAUUGGCCAAUAUUCUCAAUGAUGCUGGAUUAUCAGGGUUGGGACGAACUGUCAUUGCAGAUGCUGAAUCAAAAAUUGAACAACUUAAUCAACGUAUUGUACAUGCAGAUAAGGAACAACAUAGCAUUCUCCAGUCUUUGCACGACCUUAAUAAGCAAGGCGAUAAGUUACAAGGUAGCUUGGAAAAAGUCUACCAAGAUGCUCAAAAAAUGCUAGAAAAGACACAAAGUGAAGCAGCCGCAACAAUCGUCGCUCGUGAAGCUCAGUUGAAAAAUCAGUUUGAACAAACACGUGUGGAAAUGAAAGAAACUUUUGUACAACAAUUGGCCAACGAUCUAGACACUCAAAAGAGGAAAUUAGAGAAAGCGCGUGAAGAAGCACUUAAAGCCCAAGCUCAAGAAUUACAACGUCGGUUUGUUAGCCAAGUCAAAUUAUUGGUAGAACAAGAAAGAGCUGGUCGCUUAGCCCAACUGGAUUCUGUCAAUCAACGAUUCAAAGCGUUGGAAGCGUAUGCUGUUCAAAAUGCUCAACAUUUGGAUUUGUCGCGUCAAUAUCAUGUCAUGCACGUUACUUUGGAUACUUUAUCUGAUCUACUCUUUUGCAAUACGCGUUCCACUGGCUCGUUUGUUGAAGAAUUGCAAGCUUUGGCAAAUAAUACAAAAGAUGACACAUUAGUGCAAACAGUAUUAAGCGCUAUUUCCCCUGAAACAGUAAAAGAAGGUAUUUCUUCAUUGAGCGAGUUAUCUACUCGCUUCGAACAGGUGGCCAAUGAGAUUCGUCGAGUCGCUCUUGUGCCUGAAGAAGACGGAGGUUUUGGAUCUCAUAUCAUUAGUAUAGCAAUGUCCUAUUUGAUGUUCAAGAAACAAGGUCUUGUUCAAGGAGACGAUGUAGAAUCCGUACUGUCCCGUACGGAUUACUAUUUAAAGAGAAAUAACCUCGAAUAUGCGACGCGUGAGUUAAAUCAACUAACCGGUUGGCCGAAGAGAUUAGCUGAGGAUUGGAUUCAAUCAGCGCGACGUCAUUUGGAAGUGAAACAGGCAUUAGAGGUUGCUGAAACACAGGCUGUGUUGUUAAGUCUUAUGGAAGCAUAGAGAAUUACCCUUAAAAUAUUGAUAUAUAUUGUCUAAAGCUAUUAUUAUUGUAUCAAGCACAAUAAAAUAUAACCAGGUUGUUACCAAAAACAGAAAGAUAAGAAAAAUGAGAAG